GCAUUUGAAAUGCGUGUUUCUGAGGGGCUCUGUGAAGUUUGUUGCAGAGGCUGCUGCUAAAGCAGCUUCCCAAAGAAAACUGUGGAUACUGUCCUGCAGAGCAGCAGGAUGAACCGGCCCAGCCUGGGGCUGUAGGUGCAGCAGGGACAGAGCCGCUUCCUGCUCCCUCUCCUUUAACUUCAGAGGAGCCAGGAGCAAGCAUGGAGAAGAAAACACAAAGGCGAUGCUGGGGGUGACAACAGGCAGCUUCUGGCUCUCCUUGUGCAGCAGCGGGGAGCGAUGGUGCAGGAGAAGAGGCAGAAGCACCAGGACAGAGCUUGUGGAGGGGAAGGAUCAGUGUUUGGGAAAACACUGGCAGCUCCCUGGGCCGGACUGGUGCCAGACAGGAAGCCGGUGACGUGGAAGUGUCUCGCCGGGAUCAUGAAUGGCUCAGCCUGCUCUCCGUGCCCUGCCCCGGCUGAGAUCAGCACCAGAUGAACAGAGGAAGGCUUCUGUGAAGAUCAGAGUGGCCCCAGCCCUGCCCCGAGACAGCGCUGCAUCUCUGCCUCUCAUCACUACGGACCUGGAAAAGAAAGAAGAAGAGAAGAAAAAUGUCCCAUGCUUUAAAGCAAGUGUUCAAUAAAGACAAAACCUUCCGGCCCAAGCGCAAGUUUGAGCCGGGGACUCAGCGGUUUGAGCUGCACAAGAAGGCUCAAGCCUCCCUCAAUGCUGGCCUGGACUUGAAAGUUGCUGUCCAGCUGCCACCAGGAGAGGAGCAGAAUGACUGGGUGGCCGUGCACGUGGUGGACUUCUUCAACCGCAUCAACCUGAUCUACGGCACCAUCAGUGACUAUUGCACAGAGCAGUCCUGCCCUGUCAUGUCGGGGGGACCCAAGUAUGAGUACCGGUGGCAGGAUGAGCACAAGUACCGGAAACCCACAGCCCUCUCUGCUCCCCAGUACAUGAACCUCCUGAUGGACUGGAUUGAGGUACAGAUCAACAACGAGGACAUCUUUCCCACUAAUGUCGGUACUCCCUUCCCCAAGAACUUCCUUCCAGUGGUGAAGAAAAUUCUCUCCAGGCUCUUCCGGGUCUUUGUCCAUGUCUACAUCCAUCAUUUCGACAGGAUCACCCAGAUGGGGUCGGAAGCCCACGUGAACACCUGCUACAAGCACUUUUACUACUUUGUGAAAGAGUUCAAUCUGAUAGACACCAAGGAGCUGGAACCACUGAAGGAAAUGACCUCCCGGAUGUGCCACUGAGCUCAGACCUUCCUGCUCCCACCUCGGCCUCUCUCCCGAGGACUCUGAGUCCCGCUCCUGCGUGGGAGAUGUGAUUCAGGGGGAGAACAGAGACAUUUUGUUAACAAAUCUAUAUAUUUUUAAUGAGUUUCAAUGUCAAACUGUGAUACUGCAGGAAUAUUUUUUUAAAGAUGCUCUAGAUAAACUAGUUUUUUAUAGUAAUUUCUAUUAAAAAGAAAAAGAAAAUAUUUGGGGCCACUUGAUGGGAAUGCUCGCUCUUGGAGGAGGGAAGAACCACCCUGAGUUGCCUCCUCCUCAUGCCCGCAUGCAGCAGCACCACGUGAACCAAGCCAGAUGCUUCAGGUAGAGCCAUGUUCUGUAGCUGGUGCUGCCAUGGAAGCGGUACUUCCUUCCAGACACCCAAUUCCCAUCCAUGAAUGGUGUAUGUGGGGUGGAUGUGGAUCCCCUGGGGUGCUGUUUGCUUCCAGCACUUCUUCCACUGUCUGUGAGUCCAGUUUUUGGACAGAGCUGCUUUUGUGCUCUCUGCUUGGCAUCCUGUCCCCUCCUUGCUUUCCCUCAGUUGGAUUUGAGUUUCUUCCAUGACAAGACCAGUGCUGCUGCUGCUAAGGGAGUGCUGCAGCUCUGCUGUUGUCAAUCUGCUGUUGCAUCUUACAGCAGCUCUGAGCUGAGCUCCCCGUGCCCAGCCCAGCACGGGGAUGCAGGCUGGCAGCCUCAGGCCA